CUCCCCUCCUCACAAACAGAGGCGCCUCCUCCUUUGCUCUAUCCCUAACCCUAACCCAAGGCGACGGCGCCGUUGCCCGCGGCUCUCCCUUCACCGACGGCGUCAUCUCUUCCGAGUCCGAGCUGGAGGAGCACAUCUACGUCGGGGAGGCAGCAAGGCCAGCACGCCGUCGGUCCGUCCUUCCCUGGUUCCUCACCGAGCGCCACGAAGAGGAAAAGAUAAUGGUGAAGGAGAAGGGGAAUGAGAAGGGAAAGGGUGCUGGUAAGGAGAAUGCGAAGGCGAAGGCAAAGGAGAAAAGCGUGAAUUACCUAAUUAGACAAGAUUCGGCGUUGCCUCCGCCGGUUCCGAGGAAGAAGAGGAAGCCUAAGGUGCAGAUUAAGAAGGCGAAAGACUUUCCCAAUGCCCCAACGGGAGAGUUGAUUUGUAGGUUAAAAAACACCAUCCACCUCCGAGGCGUCUCCCCGACCGCACCAGUGCCGGCGUGCGUGCCGCGGAAGCCGCUGCCUCUACUAUUGUGGUAGAUGACGAGGAGAAGGAGGAUGAGGACGAGGACGAGGACGAGGACGAGGACGUGGACAUGGAUGAGGAUGAGGACAAGGACAAGGACAAGGACGAUGAGGAAUACGAGGAGCAAAAUCUGUUUAUAGUCCCACCACAACCGAGUGCUAAUAUGUCGGAUGAUGAUACAUCAGAAGGGUAUAAGGAAUCAGCUGAUGAACUAGAAGGUGACACUAUGUCCGAGGAAUCACUUGUGCAUGUUGUAUCUAGUGAGGAGGAGGCAAGAGAAAGGAAAAAGAACAAGAGGCGAAGAGCCAAUGCUCCUGUUAGGAUGUCAUCGGAUGUUUGGGCCCAUUUUCACAAGGUCAAAGAGCCAUCGACGGAGCAUCCGGGAGAGAUUGUGUUGAAGGCUGUUUGUAAUUAUUGUCCCAAAAAGAGGUAUGCGUAUACGCAAGGUGGCAGCACCUCAACUAUUGGAAGGCAUAUCUUAAAAUGUGAAGGUUUAAGGAACAAGAUCGCUAGGAAUGCCAUCCAAACAACUCUUGAACUGCACAAAAUCAAUGGUCCAACAAGUGCUCCAACAAUGCACCCCUCUAUUGAGUACAACCAAGGAAUCGUCAAGGAGCUUAUUGCUAAGAUGAUAUGUGUGCAUGAGUAUUCAUUUAGAAUGGUUGAACAUGAGUGGUUCAACAUUCUGAUGAAGUGCAUGAAUCCAAAUUAUAAACCCAUUGGAAGGAAGGCAAUACGAGCCGAGUGCAUGAGGGUUUACAAGAACGAAAAAGAGGUGCUGAAAUCUCUCCUAAAGGGUGUGAGCUCCAUAUGUCUAACUACAGAUUUGUGGACAAGCAACCAAACCUUAUCUUACAUGUGUGUGGUUGCACACUAUAUAGAUGAGAAUUGGAACUUACAAACCCGUGUGCUUGCUUUCAUAGAGUUGGAUCCUCCUCACUCUGGAAAUGUCAUUGCGGAUGCUCUCUAUGCGGUUGUGCUAGAAUGGAAUAUUGAGACCAAAAUUAUGUCCGUCACACUUGGCAAUGCUUCAAACAAUGAUGGUGCGGUCGAUGCUUUGAAGGCCAAGUUCUUGUUCCGGAGAGGUAAGGACUUCGAAGGCCAAUAUUUUCAUAUCCGUUGUUGUGCACACAUCCUCAACUUGGUCGUGCAAGAUGGGACAGCGAUCUUAGAUAAUUUGAUAAACAGCUUGAGAGAGACGGUGAAGUACUUCAAGAGGUCACCUUCUCGUCUCCAUGCUUUUGUUGCCACUUGCAAAAGCUUGGGUGUCAAAGUUGGUAAUCAUUUACACUUGGAUUGUAAAACAAGGUGGAGUUCAACCUUUAAGAUGAUUAGCACUGCCCGUGGAUAUAAGGAAGCCUUGACCUCUCAUGCUCGUUCAAAUGCCAACUAUGCUUGGGCGCCGACAAACGCAGAGUGGGACAUGUAUGACCUUAUCUCUCCAUUACUUGAGAGUUUGGCUGAGGUGACAAAAGCAUUUUCAGGAAGCUUAUAUCCCACUUUGAACAUCUUCUACCCAUACAUUGUUGGUAUCAAGCUUGCAAUCAAACAUGCAAUGGCUAGUGACAGUGACCACUAUAAGGAAAUGGGUGAAGCAAUGUUGGAGAAGUUUGACAAAUAUUGGGAAGAAAAGAACAAUGCCAUGGUGAUCGCAACCAUCUUUGAUCCUAGCUUUGAUCCUAGGUACAAGAUGGGUUACAUAGAGUGGGCCUUUGGAGAACUAUAUGGAGAAGGAAGUACGAGGUUUAGGACUGAGAUCAAAACUGUGGAGAAAGAGUUGGCAGCCUUGUAUGACAAAUGUGUUGCUCAAAAUAAGCAAGCUGGAAAUGGAGAAAGCUCAUCUUCCUCUACAAACAUUCCUAGUAUCCCGGUUCAAGCUGGGUACGAGGCCUUCUUAUCGUCCCGUUCAACAAGAAUAUCAAAGAGUGAGUUGAGGAACUACUUAGAGGAUGCGGUUGCCCCUCGCGACAAGGCUCUUGAUCUUCUUGGUUGGUGGAAAGAGAAUGCUCCAAGGUACCCAAUGUUGGCCAAGAUAGCCAAGAGGUUCAUUACUAUCCCGGCUACCUCCGUGUCUUCGGAAUCUACCUUCAGCAUGACCGGAAGGAUUUUAGAUGACUAUAGGAGUUCGUUAAAACCGGUUAUGGUGGAGGCAUUAGUUUGUGGUGCAAGUUAUAUCAAGGGUGCUCAUGUUGACUUGAAUCUGGUGCCGAGGGAUGAGAAUGAAGAGGAUGAUGUUGAGAACAUCAAGUUACCCACUGUGGUGGAGGAGAUCAACGAUUGACAUUCAUCAUGUGGAUGUUGAUCUUGCUAUUUUGGAGAUGAAUGUCAAAGUGAUCUUUCUCAUGUGAAGGCUACUUUUGCAUUUCUGUUAUGUUUGUCAUGAACUAUGAAUUGUCACUGCUAGCUUGGAGAUGAACCUCUCAUUUGUGUUAUGUUCAACUUGUCAAUUGCCAUGGACUUGGAAUUGUUAGAGCAAGUUUGUAAUCGUGUCGUUCAAUGAUGAUAAGACCUUAUGUUUGUGGAUGUGAUAUUGUGCUUAACCUGAUUU